AUGUCUUCAGGUUCCGUGACCUUUACGGCGAAAAUCCCCCUAGAAAACGAAAACGGUGAAUUAUACGAGUCCGACGAAGACACUCGGAAACUGUCAUCACCAUCACUAUCUGAAAAAAUUGCUCGGCCUACCAUCACAUCAAGAGACACUUCAAUAAUACCUUCAUCUUCCGCGUCUCCUCCGGAAUCCAAAUUAGAAAAUGCCGAUUCAGCACAGACAAGACGCAAUGAAUUUAUUCGUGAUUAUUCUCCACCUCCAUUCACACCCGAAGAUGUCAAGGACAAAUUUUGGGAUUCUAUUUAUAACCUGAAUUAUGAUUCCUCUAAAACCAGCGAGCAUUAUUGGACGUCUUCUUUACCCAGCAUGGCAUCGUCAGCUUCAUCUUACUUCAGCUAUCGGCAAAGCGAUAUGCCAUUGAGGUGGAAGACAAGAGUCAGCUCUGCUUCAAGAAAUCAAUUUGUCGGCCAAUCGACGAAUAUUAAGACUGCUAUAGGACAAAGUAACAUUAAAUACUCAUACAGAGAAGCGAUGGAUGUGAUAUGCGGCGAAGGUCAACAUUCUUUCAGUCCCUAUUCCCGCCCCGGAGACGAAUGUUUCGAUUCCACCCCAAAUACCUCUGUUACCACAUUGAGUCAUACUUCCGAAUCAUUUGACCCAUCGAUUUUAAAUUCCGAAGAAUUUUUUAAAUUAUCCGAGCUUCGUGUGAUAACAUUCCUCCAAAAGGAUGACCUUGAGGUACCUGAGGUGGAGAUAUGGAACAGCCUUAUAGCUUGGGGCAUUAGAAACACUCCUGAAGUUCAGUUUGACCAGGACGUAUCGAAGUGGUCGCCUAAAGAUUUCGAAAUGAUUGCAAGAACCUUGAGAAAUUGUAUAUAUUGGAUCCGUUUCCACCAAAUCGAACCUCGGGACUUCGCAAAAUGCGUCCUUCCUUACAGACCGAUUAUACCACCAUUCAUUAUUGGCAAUUUUCUUCGGCAACAAAUCACAGGACACCAUCAGUUGACUCCAUUGUUGGCCCCGCCGAGAAUAGCUUCAACCUUGGUGGACUCGUCUAUUAUCACAGGUCGACAUGCAACACUUUUAGAAAGCUGGAUGAAAGAAGACGAACCAUUGGACAAAAAUUUAUCGUAUAGGUUCAACCUUCUUUACCGUGGAAGUCGCGACAGCAUAUCGCCUAAAACGUUUCGUCGAAGAUGUAGCAAUCAAGGCCCAACAAUAUUGAUUAUAAAAAUUUUUGGUUCCGAUCAAAUUAUCGGAGGCUAUAACCCAAUGGGUUAUCGUGAAACACGAAAGCUCGUGAGCUGGAUGAAGAGGAGUUCCAAGGAAAAAAAGAAGGAAAUUCUGAAAAAAAUGAAUGCCUUCCUAUUUUCUUUCCAGGCCCGUUAUUAUCCGGAGGAAACCGCUGUGAUAAGUAGGGUAUUGCCUCAGCAUGCAAAGGAAGCAGUGAUGAAACAUCAUUCCGGCCCAUGCUUUGGCGCGGGCCCCGAAGAAAAUUCAACUUUGUCCUGUUUCCUAUGA